AUUGUGUUUCGGGAGCUUCGCAAAUAUGCAGCUCGUGGUAUUGUGUGUUGGUGUAUUUGCUCUAUCGUGCUUCGUAACCGCAACCCCUCACGGAUAUGGCGUGAAAAGUGGCGCUGCAGUGAAAGCUGAUGCUGGUGCCGAAGCCGGUGCUUUUGGUGAGGUACCACUUGUUAUACCGGCUGGAACUGGCUUCUCUGGCAGUUUUACAAAGUCGUCAUCAUCCAGCUCUUCUUCGUCCAGCGCCAGCUCUAGUUCUAGCUCUUUCACCUAUUCUGGGUCCAGUUAUCCUGGAAUUAGUAAAGGAUGCUCUACCGGCGUUUGUCAAAAUAGUGGAACUUACGAUAAAAAUAGUGAAACGAUAAAUGGUAACCAAAACAAUAAUUACAACCACGCCUCUCCAGUAAGUGUGGGUUUAGCCGGUCAUGCAGGUGCCAAUGCAGGUUCACAGUUAAGCCUCGGAGGCAAUAAUCCCUCGUGCACAGGAAGUGAUUGUACCCAGAAAGGAGGAGAUUGUAAAGGCCCUAACUGCGAAGGCGUUGCUGCUGGUAGUAAUUGUAAAACUGGUCAAUGUGAUGACGAUAAGGAUAAUGAUAACGGAUGUAAAUCUGGUCAGUGCGGAGCAUCUGGAGAAUCAGGAAUAAAACCUACGAAUUUUAAUAUGGAUGAAGACGAUACUUAUAAUAAUAAUAAAUGUCAAUCAGGGCAAUGUAAGAUAUCUCCGGGUUGUGUCGGAGGACAAUGUGCAGAAUCUUCAACUUAUGGAAACACGCCAUCGAUAUCUCAACAUGAACAUUCUGAAGAUACGUCAAAAGGUUCGGCGUCUACCUCUUCAAACGUUGCGAGUACACAUUCGAGUUACAAUCCAGUGCAAAGCGCACCUUCUAAUAGUUACGAUUCUGAAAAGUGUACUUCCGGACAUUGUAAAUAUUCUUUAACCCACGACGCUACAAAUCCUAAACCAGACAAUGAAGAUAUUGAUGUAAACAUAGCAAUGAAUAAAAAGUCAAGUUAUCAGAAUAAUCAUCAUGAAAAUGCCGCAAGUAAAAGUAAAAUUCCUUCUAAUUGUGCUUUCGGAAAUUGUGCAUCCAAUCCUCCUUUAAGUACUUCAUAUGGCACUCAUCCACAUUCUUCGUAUAAUUUAGAUAAAUCAAAAUGCACAUCUCCUGAUUGUAAUAAUGAUGCUUACAAUCAUGCUUCAGCUGCAGGUGGUUCUUCAGUUCCAGCAUAUAACCAACCUUCAACAUAUUUAACAACGCCUAAUAAAGGAUCAUCUUGUACAUCACCAGACUGCAAACCAACUAGUGUUGUUCCUGAAUACCAUCCAACCGGAAUCGUUCCAACAUCCAGCUCUCAAUCCACCAUACCAUCUAAUAAUAACAAACAUUUUGAUUGUACUGGAGGACAUUGUGCAGAUAAUGCACCAAAUCCACCAAAUUCCUACAUUACUCCGUCAUAUCUAAAUACUCCGGUUCCUAGUACAGAUUCUGGACCAUACAAUCAUAAAUGUACUUCACCUAACUGUGCUACGAGUCCUCAAAAUCAAAGUCCACAUAAUCAUAACGUUAUCCAAACUCCUGUUCCAAGUUUUGUAUCGAGUUCAAAACCUUUAUUUCCUACACAAAUACCAUUUUCUCCUGCUAUAAAUAACCCUUCUCAAAAUGUACCACCGAGUCAAGAACAACCCUACCCAUCAUUUGUACCAUUAACUCCUCCAAGUUCGCAGCCUUGUGGUUAUAAUGGUUGUCACGGCAGUGUUAGCACAAAGCCUCAUUAUGGAAGCAAUACUGUUCCACAGUCCAACUUUGUUCAAUCUGGAUCACCGUCUUCUUCUUCUAUUUCAAGCUAUCCAUCCUCAGCACCAAGUAUUGGGACGUCACAUGGAAUUCCAUCGUUAAAUAAACCAUCACAUAAAAAUGAUAAACCAAUAUACACAGGUGGUUUUGGAGGCCCAGUGGGUCUACUCAAACCAAAUGACUACAGUUUACCAAGUACCAUACCGCUACCUAAACCUGUAGUGGAGCAACAACCUUCAAUUUCUUGCGCAACUGGUAAUUGUAAUAAUGCUCCCAAUCAUGGACAUAUAAAUAAUGUAAACGCAAAUGCUGCAUCAACGAUAGGUAGUUUUGGAGGACCACCAGGAUUACUGAAACCAAACGAUUACAGUUUACCUAGUGCUGUACCUAUAAAUAACCCAGUAACCGGACACCAUCAUUCAGUGUCUUGCACAUCUGGAAAUUGCCAUAAUAUACCGAAUCAUGGACAUAUUAAUAAUGCAAACGCAAAUGCCGCAUCAGCAGUAGGUAGUUUUGCAGGUUCAUCUGGAACGUUGACACCUAACGAUAACAGUAUACCAAGUACUGUUCCCCUAAACAACCCAACAGGUGGGCACCAUCACUCCGUACCAUGCUCAACUGGAAAAUGUAAUGAUGCUCCCAAUCAUGGAAAUGUAAAUAAUGGGAACGCAAACGCUGCAUCAGCAGUAGGUAGUUUUGGAGGUCCAUCUGGAUUAUUGAAACCGAACGAUUACAGUGUACCCAGUACUUUACCCCCAAAUAAUCCCAUAGGUGGCCACCAAUACUCCGGGCCAUGCUCAACUGGAAAUUGUAAUAAUGCUCCCAAUCAUGGACAUAUCAAUAAUGGAAACACAAAUGCUGCAUCAGCAGUAGGUAGUUUUGGAGGUUCCUCUGGACUGUUGAAACCGAAUGAUUAUACUUUACCCAGUACUGUGCCCCUCAAUAACCCAACAGAUGGGCAUCAUCAUUCCGGGCCAUGCUCAACUGGAAAUUGUAAUAAUGUUCCCAAUCAUGGACAUACCAAUAAUGGAAACGCAAAUGCUGCAUCAGCAGUAGGUAGUUUUGGAGGUCCCUCUGGACUGUUGAAACCGAAUGAUUAUACUUUACCCAGUACUGUACACCUCAAUAACCCAACAGAUGCGCAUCAUCAUUCCGUGCCAUGCUCAACUGGAAAUUGCAACAAUAAACCCAAUCAUGGUCAUAUAAAUAAUGGAAACAUAAAUGCUGUAUCAGCAGUAGGUAGUUUUGGAGGUCCACCAGGAUUAUUGAAACCGAAUGAUUAUAGUGUGCCCAGUAAUACGCCAUUAAAUAAACCAGCUUCUGGACAUCAUCACUCUGUAACAUGUUCAACAGGAAAUUGCAACAAUGAUCACGUAUCAAUUAAUAAUGGAAAUUCCAAUACAAUACCAGCAACACAUAAUACAAUAUGUGCAACAGGUAAGUGUAGUUCUCCAAAUGGAAGUGGAACUCAUAUUGUUAACGGUGCACAUGCUUCAGCAGGCGCCGCGGCCUCUGCAAAUGCAAUUGCUUAUACGGGUGGAUUUGGAGGUCCUCCUGGUUUUCUGAAACCUUAUGACGGUGGAAAUUUCAAAAGUACACUUGUUAGUUUACACGGCAAAAGUGCACUUCCAAGUACUAAUUUAGGUGACAAUUCAGCCUAUGGUGCUCAUUAUACGUACAAUCAAGGAACUGGAAGUGUCUCUGGAGCAUUUGCCUCAGCGGGAGCUAGCGCCGGAGCAUAUGGUGGUCAUUCCGGUCAUUAUAAUAAUGAUGACGGCAGUGGAAAUAAAACAGGACGUGGUUGCGGUGGUGGCUGCUCUGAAGGUGAUAGUGGAUCACGAGGCAGUGGAGUAAAUUCAUAUUUAGAUUCGGGCACUUUCGGCUUAAGUGCAGCAAAGGCAGGAGCUGUUAGUGGAGCCCACUCCGGCUAUGGAGGUAGCUUUGCGAGCAGUUCAGCAAGUGCUCAUGCUGGGGCUUCCGUAAAAGGUUAUGGUCGGAAAUGAAAUCUAAAUCAAAAGGAAUACGAAUACGAUUAUUUAAAACGAAUGUUCAAGCCCACGGACGUUUAAAAGACUUAUAAGUUAUAAUAAUUUAUACGAAUGUGAUAUCUGUCUUAUAAAAAUGUACUUUAUAAAAAUAUUUUAGAAAUUAUCUUUAUACGUUUAGAUUAAUCAAAAUAGCAACGACUCUGAAUGAGCUUUUAGUAUAAAAAAUAAAUGCUAUUU